AUGACUUCCAUCCCAAGCAUCAAGAUGCUCCUCUUGAUGGUCAUUCCCAUGGUCUCCAUGGUUAUGGCUGUUGCUCCAACUGAGGACUGCAGCACCAUCGUCAAGGUGCUCCUCCAGAACUCCAAGACUGGUGAAUCUCGUGUCCUUGGUAACGCCAAUGCUCUUCCCGCUCCUGUUUCCAACCUGUUCGGCCGCGCUGUUCGCCCUGACGAUGGCUGGUUCACAAUCACCACAACUGAGACGUCUUGCUCUUCUCGCGUUCCCCUGGCCACAGCUUCCACCACUAAGGAUCCUGUCGUCGUGCCUAUUGUCAGCACUCCUCCAGUGAUUUCGCACACUAGCACAAUCACUACCUCUUACACUGUCCCCACCACUUCCAUGGCUGUCUCUACUUCCGCGUCUGCUCUCACGGCAGUCAUUACAACUAAGGUGUCGACUGUGUCCUCGGAGUCUACUGCUUCCCGGGUUACUGCCACUACCACGAAGGUUACCACUCAGUCUGGUGCUCCUAUGUCUAGCAGCUUGGCGCCUGUCACUGCCACAGGAUCUAGCGGCUCUGCCAAGUCUGUGACUUCGUCCCCUUCUAGCUCCGCCGAGACAGCUUCUACUUCUGGUUCCAGCACCAACGUCGCCUCUACGGUGACUAGCAAGGUCACUGGCGUUCCUCCUGCUGCUCCUCCAGCUUUGGUGACCACUGAGACCAUUUACACUAUCACUGUGCCUUGCAGUCAUACUGAAAAGUGCAGAAGUACCAAGGUUUACUCCACCAGUACUUUGGUUCUAUCUAACCCCACUGGCACUCAUGUCACUGCUCCAGCUUCUGGCAAGCUCACUGGCAUACCUGUUUCCGGUUCCACUGUGACUGGAAAGACCACCGAUUUUGUCACUGAGCCAUGCCCUACCGACACUGAGCGGGCUUCUUCCACCGCCAUUGUCGUCCCCGUUCCUGAGUUCACGAAUGUUGCUCCUGUUCCUACCCCUGUGACUACGGAGGUCAUUUUUACCAUCACAGUCCCUUGCAGUCACACAGAGAAAUGCCGCAGCACUGAAGUCUACUCCACUAGCACCUUGGUUUUCUCAAACCCUACUGGCGCUCAAGCCACUGCCCCCUCUGCUCCCACUGCUCCUGGUGUGGCUACAGUUCCAGCCUUUGUGACUUCCAAAUUGCCCUCUGUUCCGGCCACUGUUCCUCAGCCCGAGAUGUCCGCACCUGGUACUACCAAGGUGACCAUUCCCGUCCCCGAGACCCCGCCCCAGAUCAAGGUCUCUGAGUCGGUUUCGGAGACUACCGUGAUAAACAAGUCCGGCUCUGCUCAAACCACAUUGGCCACUGUUCCUCACCCCGGCUCUGCUCAUACCACAUUGGUAACCGUUCCUCAGCCCGCUGUUUCCAAGGGCUCUCAGGUUCCUCCCAAUGCCUUUCGUACCGGAGAGACUCAGAUCGCAGUCCCCACUGCCCCUCAUCCUGCCUCAAGCAAGACACUGGCUCCUUCGGCCCCUGUCUUCAAUGGUGCUAGUGUUGAUGGGCUCGUGAAUGGCCGUCUUCUCGGCGUAAGCAUCUUCGUCGUGCUCGCUAAUGCUGCUCACUUUGUGAUUCUGUGA